AUGUCUGACUCCCGGCUGUAUUCUUUCUCUCCGGAGACCAAGGAGAAGCUGCGCAAGUUCCGUCUCGGCACAUCGCGAGCCAAGGAUGCGCAAGCCAUCAUCUAUAUCAUCGAUGCGAAGAGCCAAGAGAUUCGUCCCCAGGACGGCGAAGUCUACUCGAAGAUGGAGGAUCUGGCCGACGACCUGCCCGAAUCAUCACCGCGCUUUAUUCUCCUCAGCCACCCACUCACAAUGAAGUCCGGCCGCCUUUCGGUCCCCUAUGUGCUCCUCUACUGGCUGCCAGAGAACUGCAAUCCCUCACAGCGCAUGAUGUACGCCGGUGCUGUGGAGCUGAUGCGAACCGCCGCCGAGGUAAACCGAGUGUUGGAGGUGGAAAGCGACGAAGAUAUUGUUUCCAUUGCGGAGAAGCUGGCUGGCCCUGAGUAA